UCUCGCGGAAAAAACAGCUCAGACUUUUAAAUGAAAGCUGAAGAAAUGGCGGCGAAGUCCAAUAAUUUGGACACUCGUGCCGAAUUAGCCGAGCUGGUUCGUCGGAGGGCAGAAAUAGCAGAAACUCUGCAUAAUUUGGAGCGUCAAAUUUAUGCUUUUGAGGGCAGUUACCUGGAAGACACACAGCUGUAUGGCAACAUUAUCAAAGGAUGGGAUCGUUACCUCACAAACACCAAAAAUACCAAUAGUAAGGCGGACAAGAGGAACAGAAAGUUCAAAGAGGCUGACAGGCUGUUCUCGAAAUCAUCCGUGACAUCUGCGGCUGCUGUAGCUGGGGUGACAGACCAGACAGAAAAGCGAGAACCGGCGAGCCCUGAAUCCAACACGACGACCCCCGCGGGCCAGACCAACGGCCAGAGCUCCCCGACGGGCAGCACGGCCAGCAGUGGUCACCACACGCCGGCCAACACCACCACCUCGGGGAAAGUACUGAAGACAGCCAGCGCCAAGCAGAAGAAAAAUGUGAAAAGUAAAGCCAGAGGAAGGUCGGAAGGAAAACAGAAAAAAGGCAAAGAUUCCAGUCAUUAACAAGUUUGUCGGGGACCAUCGCGAGCCUCUCUGUGGGAUGGAGUCGUCCGGAGAUGUCACGUCCAGCACGGUUGUUGGUGUGGCAGUGGGGACAACACCGUCGUCAGAUCAGCUGCCACGCACGACCAGCAGCAUGCGUCAGCGUCAGAUGAAAUGUUUGGACAAGCUCGUUCGUGUCUCACUCUCGGCUGUUCUGAUAUUCCGUCUAUUUAUUGUUUCAUGAUGUCUGAGGGUUGUUUUUUUUAAAUUUUGUAUGUAGAGUGAUUGUGGUGUGUUUAACUCACUUGAGUCUUUUCCUGCACUUGUUGCUGGAAAAAGCAAGUGCGCUUUUAGUGCAGUGCGUAAGUUCUGGGAAAUGCCACUGUGAGUAUCAUUUACUUUCUGAUGAUCAAAAUUUUAUUUCAGAUCUUGUUUCUGGGAUCUAGUUUUUGCGGAUGAUUUUUGAAGCUCAGUUCAUUUGUUAUGAUGUUGAGACAAAUAUGCUCUUAUUUUGAGAUAUUUUUUACAUUAAUAGUGGAUAUCGAAGACUGCCACUCUAAUGCAAUUUCAGAAUUAGUUGUGAAUUCGCUGAAAAUAAAUGUUUUAAAUGUGAAACUGGGGACGAAGCAUGAGUGCUGGCUAUCGCCUAGUGGGUAGUGCUAGAUCUAGUACUAGAGUUACACGUAUGGCAUGGCAUGAACAGAAGAAAAGAAAGGCACCUUUAGAUCCUGACCCUGUCGUACAAGAUCAGGAAUUAUGAGUUAAUUAAGGCUGCUAUUUGUAGACUAAGUAAGUAAAUAAGGCAUUAGAUUUAGUGCAAGUCGGCUGGGAAAGGAGGCGUCCAUCGUAGCUGUUGAGUUUGUGACAUUCCUCUUUGCAUUGAACCCUGCAUAUUUUUAAACUUUCACUCAGAAAUGAACAAUUUUUCUGCUUCAGAAAACUUGUACUUAGGAUAUUUUGUUUUACACUUGAAUCAAGCUGCUAUUUUUUUUGGGUGGUAAAUUUAUUCCUCUUCUGUUUGGACAUAUGCCAGUUUUAAAAAAUGUAUGCACAUUGACGAAUUGAUUAUUUCUUUAUGGGCUCCCCCCCCCCCCCCCCCCCCCUUACUAUUGUGCUGUGUCUGGUGUAAAUUUGGUGUACGUAGUGGGGAGAUUUUUUUGGGUGAAUUUUUGAGAACCUCAACCCCUCCCCCCAAAAGCCCACUCCCCUACGUUUGUGUUUUUUUAAAAAUAUACCCCAGAUUCAAGUGAGUGAAUGUAGGUGCAUCUACAAACGUGUACAAGAAUUCUGGGAAGGUUGUGUUUGUGGGAAUGAAAGUUUGGUGUGUGUAAGAAAUGCUAUAGUGCUGCAAGUCUUUCGUGUGAAAGUUUGGUGUAAGAAAUUUUAUAGUGCUGCAAGUCUUUCGUGCAAAUGGGGGCGUCUCGUCCGAUGAAGAGUCGCCCUUUCUGAUUUUUACCAUAUAGUGAUUGUCCGACUCAGCAAAUAUGUGUGUGUGCCUAAAAAAAGGUACAAAAAGUCACCACAGACCAUUUUGAGCUACAGGUUGAUAAUGACCAAAAAAA